AUGACCGUGAUUACUGGAUACAAAGUGAGAGACAUUAGAUUCCCAACGUCUUUGGACAAAACUGGGUCCGAUGCCAUGAAUGAUGCUGGCGACUACUCUGCUGCGUACAUUAUUUUUGAGACUGACAAGCCUUCUCUCGAGGGCCACGGAAUGACAUUUACCAUUGGACGCGGUAAUGAUAUUGUUGUAUAUGCCAUUCAGUAUUUCGCUGAGAAGCUCAAAGGCAGAACAUUAGAAGAUAUUACCUCUGAUAUUGGUGGUACUUGGAAAUCGUUGGUCGCCGAUUCUCAAUUGAGAUGGAUCGGUCCUGAGAAAGGUGUAAUUCAUUUGGCCCUUGGUGCCACUGUCAAUGCUAUCUGGGAUCUGUGGGCUAAAUCCGAGAACAAGCCAUUGUGGAAGUUGAUCGCUGACUUCACCCCUGAGCAAUAUGUUGCAGCUAUCGAUUUCAGGUAUCUCACCGAUGCUCUGACCCCUGAGGAAGCCUUGGAAAUGCUCAGAAAGGCUGAAAAGGGCAAAAAAGAAAGACUUCAAGAUGCAUUAAACAAUAAGGCUGUCCCAACUUAUACUACUUCUGCUGGUUGGUUAGGCUACAGCGAUGAUAAAAUGAGAGCUCUGCUCCAACAAUCAAUCAAAGAUGGCUACAAACAUUUUAAGUUGAAGGUCGGUGGAAAUGUCGAAAAUGAUAAGCGUCGUCUACAGAUUGCCAGAGAAGAAAUAGGCCCUGAUGCUGUAUUAAUGAUCGAUGCUAAUCAAAUCUGGUCUGUCCCCGAAGCCAUUGAAUAUGUCAAAGCCCUUAAAGACUACAAGCCAUAUUUUAUUGAGGAGCCCACGUCUCCUGAUGACAUCUUAGGCCACUUGGCUGUCAAAAAUGCUCUUAAACCAUAUGGUAUUAAGGUGGCAACUGGCGAGAUGUGUCAGAACAGAGUUAUUUGGAAGCAGCUUCUUCAGUCGGGUGCAAUUGAUGUGGCUCAAAUUGAUUCUUGUCGUUUAGGCGGUGUUAAUGAAGUCCUUUCAGUUUUGUUAUUAGCCAACAAAUUCAACAUCCCCAUUGUGCCCCACUCUGGUGGAGUUGGUCUCCCUGAAUAUACUCAACACAUCUCAACUAUUGACUACGUUAGUGUGUCAGGAAAACUCUCACUAUUAGAGUAUGUCGAUCAUUUACAUGAGCAUUUUCAACAUCCUUCCAAGGUUAAGGAUGGAUACAUUGUUACUCCCUUAGAGCCUGGAUACUCGGUACAGGUCAAACCAUCUGCAUGGGAGGACUAUGGCUACCCUAAUGGAAACUGGUGGAAAUCGCCUGCUGCUGAAGGCAUUGCAAAUAGAGUUGUUCUCAAUAAACCUUGA